AUGGCCGAUGGCGACGACCCUGCUGCCUUCUCCGCCGCUGCCGUAGCUGGUGGGCUGACCCACGUGGCCGCCGCCGCCGCCGCGGCCAUCUCGCCCGCAACCGCUGCCAUGCCGCCGCCCCCGCCCGCCGGCCCGGAUUGGCGCCGCCCCGGCCGGUGGCCACCACUCCGGCGGCGAAGCCGGCGAAGGGACGAGGAGGCAGCUACGCGGCCGGUGAAGGUCUCAAAGGCGGCCGCGGCGGCUCGGGGCAACAACUCGCAGACGGUGAGGCCGGCGGCCUCCUCCAGCAGCCACACAUCCAUUCCUCAACGUCCCCCGACGCCACCGCCGGCCGUGGAGGAAGAUGUGGCCACGCCGACGGCCACUGCCUCCGCCGCCGGCCGUGGAGGAAGACUUUUCAUCAUUGCUACAAAGAGCUCAAGGAUGUGGAGAAGUGGAAAACUAGAGAGACUUUUGAAUCGUCGAAGAAGAAGAGUGUGUUGCUUGAGGAUGAAGAAGAUGUCGCCAUUGAGGAGACGAGCCCCACUCCUCACUCCGCGAAAAAAAUCUUAUAGGCCCGAUGGAAACAAGAAAGCGAAGGGAACCAAGGCCGGAGACAAUGAUCUCAAGGAAGGAUUUGAUGUCAUUUUCAUGGCAAGGAAAGAGUAUGCCGAAGAGAAAAGAAUCUUGAAGCUCAAGGAAAUAGAGGAGAGGAGUGAGGCCAAGCGGCGAAGGGCGGCGGCCGAGGAGAAGAGGGCAGCAGCCGAGGAGAGGUUGGCCGCGGCCGAGGAGAGGAAGGUGGGCCUAGAGGAGAAGAAGGCCGCGGUCGACGAGAGGAAGAUGGUAGAAGAGAGGACACUCAAGUUUAUGUUUAUGGACACAUCAAAUCUUGAUGCCAAGGCAAAGGCAUAUGUUGAACUUUGUCGCGAUGAAAUGCUCAUGAAGAAGCAAAUGCUCAUGAGGCAAAUGAUGAUGGGAGGAGGCAUGGGAGGUGCCAUGGGAGGUGCCAUGGGAGGAGGCAUGGGAGAUGCCAUGGGUGGUGCCAUGGGUGGUUACAUGAACAUGGUUGGAGGUUCCAUGAGUGGUGCAUUUGGCGGAAACAUGGGAGGUGGCUUCGGUGGCAACAUGGAAGGUGGCUUUGGCGGCAUGGGAGGUGGCUUUGGUGGCAUGGGAGGUGCUUUUGGCGGCAACAUGAUGGGUGGCUUGGGAGGUGGCUAUGGCGGCAACAUGAGUGGCGUUGGAGGUGGAUAUGGCGGCAACAUGGGACGCAAUGAAGAUGCUUCCGGUGGUGCUCACGGCAAUGAGAGUUCACCGCUUGUUGAGAACGUCGACAAAGACGGUGGUGGAGAUGAUGAUCGUACCACGGUUCGCAACACCGGUGGUGUUGAUGACCCGCAUGAGUAA